CUGAAGUAUCAAUUUCAUCUCUCAAAAAGUCCGCCCUUCGCUUCUUCUACACCAAAAAAUUCCCUCGCAUUUGCUCUCUGCUCAAACCAAAAAAAAAAAAAGGGAAAAAAACUUUGCAUUUUUCCCCAGUUUCAGCAGCUCACGCAUUGCACUCUGAAACACGCAGUGGAAAUGGCGGAGAGAAGAGACAAGAGAGAACAAAAAGUGGGCAAAUUAAUAGCUCUGACUGGUGCCGCUGCUUUUGUAGCUAUUGCGGUCAACUCCGCCGUAUCUGCUAUCAACUCUUACUCCAAAAACCGCAGAAGAAAAGAGGUUGGAGGAUCGAAAGUGCAAAUAAAUUUAUCUGCUUCGGAAAUUUUAAAAUUAGCCGACAGAGUAAUUGCGAAAUCGAAGGGAGUUUAUGAUGCAGUAGCUUCUGUUCCACUUGACAAGGUCACUUUUGCAAAUGUGGUAUUACCCUUAGCUGAACUAGAAGCACAACAGUUUCCCCUUGUGCAAUCUUGUGUCUUUCCAAAAUUGGUAUCCACUUCUGAAGAUGUAAGAAAAGCAAGUGCUGAGGCUGAGCAAAGGAUAGAUGCUCAUAUCUCUAUAUGCAGUAAGCGGGAGGAUGUCUACCGUGUCAUUAGAGCUUUGAUGGCUAGAGGUGACUGGAUGAGCUCUGAAGCAAAACGCUGUACUCAAUCCCUGGUUCAGGAUUUUGAGAGGAAUGGAUUAAAUCUCACCUUGACCAAGAGGGAGGAAGUUCAGCGCUUGAAGACUCAAAUAGAUGAGCUGAGUAUGCUCUACAUCCGCAAUUUGAACGAUGAUAGAACAUGUCUGCAUUUUAGUAAGAAUGAACUAGCUGGUUUACCGCUGGAAUUUCUCAAGACUUUAGAUGAAGCUGAAAAGGGUAAAUACAAGAUCAGUUUGAGAAGCCAUCAUGUAUCACCAAUCUUAGAGCUCUGCAAAGUAGGGUCAACGAGGAAAGCUGUGGCUGUAUCUUAUGGGGGGAGAUCUGAAGCCAAUGUUGAUAUCUUAGAGAAACUGAUUCAAUUAAGGCACAAGCUUGCCAGGUUGCUUGGCUUUUCAAGUUAUGCAGAUUAUGCUAUUGAUCAUGGAAUGGCAGAUUCAUCUACAAAGGUGUUUGAGUUCUUGGAGGAUAUUUCCGGAAACUUAACUGAACAGGCCUCCAGGGAACUGGCUAUUUUAAGACAAUUGAAGAAGCAGGAGGAAGGAGAAUUAGCAUUUGGAAUUGAAGAUCUACCAUACUAUGUCAAAAGGGCCAGAGAUCAACAGCUUGAUUUUGACUAUGGAGUUGUUAAACAGUAUUUUCCUGUCAAUUUGGUUUUGUCAGGGAUCUUCAAAAUCUGCCAAGAUUUGUUUGGGUUAAGAUUUGAGCUAGUUGCAGAUGCAGAGGUUUGGCACAGCGAUGUGCAACUUUUUUCAGUUAUCGAUUCAAGUUCUGGGGAACUCAUGGGUUACUUCUACCUAGAUAUCUAUUCCAGGGAGGGGAAAUAUGCUCACACAUGUGUUGUGGCUCUUCAAAAUGGCUCAUCAAUUAGUUGUGGUAGAUUGAUUCCUGUAGUAUUACUUAUUUCCCAGUUUGAAAAGGAAGUGGAGGGUCAUCCUGGGUUAUUGCGGUUUUCUGAAGUACUUAAUCUUUUCCAUGAAUUUGGUCAUGUGGUUCAUAGUAUCUGCAAUUGUGCAACAUUUGCCAGAUUUUCAGGGCUGCGUUUAGAUCCUGAUUUUGUGGAAAUCCCUGCUCGGUUGUUGGAAAACUGGUGUUAUGAAAGGCUCUCUUUGAAACUUAUAUCCGGUUUUCAUCAGGAUAUAUCAAAGCCUAUAGAUGAUAAAAUCUGUGAGUCACUGAGGCAAUGGCGAUGUUCCUUCUCAGCAUUGAAAUUGAAACAAGAGAUUCUUUACUGUCUUUUUGAUCAAAUUAUACAUUCAGCUGAAAAUGUUGACAUGGUAGAACUAUAUAAGCAUCUUCAUGCAAAAGUUAUGCUAGGAUUGCCCAUGCUGGAGGGAACAAAUCCAGCUUCAUGUUUUCCUGGUUCUGCUAUUGGUUAUGAAGCUACUUGCUACCGUCGCAUUUGGAGUGAGGUUUUUGCUGCUGAUAUUUUUGCGUCAAAAUUCAGUGAUGAUCUUUUCAACCAGUACACAGGCAUGCAAUUCAGGAGUAAGGUACUCGCUCCAGGAGGGGAAAAGGAUUCUCUGCAAGUACUUUCGGAUUUUCUUGGGAGAGAGCCCUCAAUACAAGCCUUUCUUGACACCAAAGCUGAUACAAGCUAGCUUUCAUUUACUCUAGCAAAGAUUCUUUGAUUUUGUUAGUGUAAAAUUAGCCCAGGCCCUGAGAUAUUGUAUAUUCAGUUGUACGUUUCGUCUAUUACCCUGCUCUGGCUUCUGAGAGGAUCUUUAGUGGGUAGCCUCCCAUGGGAACAUAACCAGAAGAAAAUCUAUGAUCCUUUUUGCCAAAAGAUGAUUAAAGUAUUAUCAUCAUGAACUUUAUGUCACGGCUUGUAUAUCAACAUCACACAUAAUUAAGAGUUACCCAGCUGGUAGAUAUCAA